UCCCGCUGUCGGACUUCCUCCUUCCACCACCCGCGAAAACCUAAAAUUUCAACUAAAUACUUCUAAAUCUCUCAAUUCUUCAUUCCAUUUUCGAACAAAAAUACAGGCGUUUGCAAAUGGAGAGCUCUACAUAUCGAUCGAUCUUCAAAGACAUCAGCUCCAGAGAGCUCAAUGGCUUCAGAGUACGAAAACGACCGCGUUUCGCUGACGAUUCCUCCCAAUUUAGUGAAAUCGGAGCUUUUGAAUUUGUACAUGACGACUGUGCUACUCCUCCAAUGGCUUUAUCAUUUUGCAAGACAAGCAGAAACGCUCAUAUUGUUGCUGUUACCGGUGAAGAUGGAUACGUUAGCUUAUACAACACUCGCUUGAAACUCCCUUCUUCAGCAACACACGAAGCAAACGCAGAUAAAGCUAGGGUAUCUGAGUGGCUUGCUCACGAUAAUGCUAUCUUUGAUGUAUGUUGGAUAAAGGAGGACACCAAUUUAUUAACAGCUUGUGGUGAUCAUAGUAUAAAGCUAUGGGAUACUCAAGAACAAAAAUGCAUUGGAGGACUGAUUGGACACACUGGAAGUGUAAAAUCAAUCAGUGCUCACCCUGUUAAUGAAGAUAUCAUUGUAUCUGGUUCAAGAGAUGGUUCCUUUGCUUUAUGGGACUUAAGAAACUCUAAACGUAGGCGGUCCCACUUCUCCACUUCGCCAAUAGACAUUGUUAAAGGGGCACAUAGUCCAAAUCUUAAAACCAGGGGUAGACAUGGAAAGGCUGCUGCUAUAAGCAUAACUUCAGUUUUAUAUCUGAAAGAUGAGGUCACUAUUGCUACUGCUGGAGCUGCAGAUAGUGCUAUAAAGUUUUGGGAUACAAGGAACCUUACAACUCCACUUACUCAGACCAGUGUUCAUGAUAGAACAAAACAGAAAUGGGUAAGAUCAUAUGGCAUAUCUAGCCUCUCCCAAGAUUUAAAUGGAGUGUAUAUUUCAGCUUCAUGCAUGGACAGCAGGAUAUAUCUCUUGAAUGUACUUAGACUAGAGAAGGGGCCUAUUAAGAGCUUCAAAGGGUGUGACAUCAGUACAUUUUUUGUUAAGUCAAAAUUGAGUCCAGAUGCAGGGCAUAUCCUUAGUGGAUCUAGUGAUGGAAAUGCAUAUGUAUGGCAGAUCAAUAAUCAUACAGCAGAUCCUGUUAUGCUUAAAGGCCAUAAUGGAGAAGUAACUGCAGUAGAUUGGUGCUCAUCUGAGAUAGGUAAAAUAGCAACUUCUGCUGAUGAUUCUGUGGUCCGACUAUGGAACAUCAACAACAGCUGCUAUUCAAAUACCCGAUCUCCCUCAUCAAUCCGAAAACGAGAAUUCACAAUUCCGAAAAUGAAACGCCGAAAACUUUUCGAAGAAGAAGAAGCAAAAGGAUCUGUAAUCGCACCUCAACCUUUACUCGAUCCACCACUAGAAACAUCAAUGGCGGAAAUCAGAACUCCCAAAUCCAUCAAAAAGCAUUGCUCGAAUCUGAAUUUGAGUUCGAAUUCGAAUUCGGAUUCGAAUUUGAACUUGAAUUUGAAUUUGUAUAUCAAUGAAACAUGCGAGAAAUCACCGGAUCCAAGUUUUGGAAGUCCGUCUUCUGUUUUGAAUCCUCCGCCUUCUUUGAAACGAAAGACGAUUUUGGAUUAUUUCAUGGCGCAUUCGUAGGGUACAGUUUCUUAUCGUCGAUCGAUAUGGAGA